AUAUCGAAUCACACAUAUUCCUUUUUCUAUUUAGGCGAAAUUGCCAAGAAGAUGAUAAAAACAACCAUAGCUAUUUCUCUGAUCUGCUUAGCUGCGGCUCUGCCUUGGGAUGAAGAAAACCCGUGGUCCAAGUUGCUUGAUGAUCAAGCGAAUGAUGAAUUGGACUUCAUUCAAAAUGACGGAAGGUAAGUAUAUACGUACAUAAUCUUGUAAUAGAGGAUUUAAAAUAGUGCGUUCGAAAACACAUACCAUUGAGUCACGUUUUAGGAGGAGUUACAAUUUUUAGACUUUUAGGGUUAAGAUUAGGGUUUGGAUUAGGGAAAGGGUUAGGAUUAGGGGUAGGAUUAAGAUUAGUAUUAAGAUUAGGAUUAGAGUAAGGUUUAGGGUUAAUUAAGAUUACGGUUAAAUUUAAAAUACGAAAAAUACAAAAUUAUAAAAGUCUAAAAAUAGUAACUCCCCAUAAAAUGUGACAGGUAUAACGCAUACUACCUUGACCGUUCGUAUUAAGCAAAUUCUCAGGAGUUAUUUAUUGCAGGCAACAGGUGGGAAAUUUGUCUGAGCAUGCGCGAGCAAAACGAGUCACGCAAUUGAGUGGAAUACACGCAACGCGUGUUUACAAAAAGGCACAAUCGUGUAAAUAUUGCCAAAUGUUUGUACAAAAUAAAUGACUGUUUUAUGUUGAAAAUGGACAUGAUCUAAAUUAACCAUAAAGAAUUUUUUAGUGACGUUCUAUUUCAGUACCCUGCCAUUGUCUCUGGUGGGCUGUCUGUGUGCAUUCGAUCUGAAACAGUUGCUACUUUGUUGUCGAUAAAUUUCGAAUGUUUACAUGGAAAUAGAUGCAAGUAAUGCAUUUUACAACCUCGUAAACUGUAUGAGCCCCUAUUUUUACGCUUAUACCUAAGAUAUCAAAUAAAAGUACAUGAAACAGAGAACAUUUUCAGAAAGUUUUAUCUUGAGGCCACGGCCAGUUUUUAAAAUAUCUUUAUUUCUGUUCCGGACAUCACCAAAAUUACACUAAAGCCGCGCUUGAAUAUACAACAAAUUUUGAAUCUCAUCAAGUACAAAAAUAUUUAACGUGUAACCAAAAUAUGCUCAUGAAAUCGAAAUUAAUAGCUAAAUUUUCAAACUAGACCCUUCUCGAGCCGGUUUUCAUGAAGGAAGUUCACAUUUCGGCCUUUGAUUCUUGGCAAACAUUUGACCACAACACGUGCGAAGCAACUGGGUCUCAAAGACUCAGCUAAAACAUUGUGAGCCCCUAUUUUCCUGACGAUAUGUUUGAUACCUAAAAACGCCGAAAAGUUUUUUCUUUUCAUUUAGCUAUAUUUAAAAUUGAGGCCACGGGCUAUUUUUGAGAAAAUACAGUUCAAAGUCAAGCUAUUUUUACAUAUUUUCAAAAUUUGUCAAAUUUCGCGCGCGACCUUGUAUUUUGAACUUAGACAGCUGAAGUUACACUAAGAAACAUAGGAUGGAAAAUUUGAGGCAUAUAAAGUUAAUUUCAACUUACAUUUCAUUCUCAUAUCACGUCUUUCUUGGUUUAUUACGGUUUUAAACAAGCCACAGAUCGACGUAUACGGUAUUUACUAUCAUGUUCACGUCGCCAUAUUAACUUCUUCCAAUCACUCGAUUACAAAACAAAUCAUCCCAAAACAAAGAAUUCAUAGUCGACUUUUAAAAGAAUAACCGUUAAUUUGUAAAUCGUUGAAUGGAAAGCAAAAAAUCGUCAGCUAAAACAGCUUCUUGCUAACUUUCUGCUUUGUUUUGAAUGUAAAUGCAAUGAGCUUGGUUUCUGCCCGCGAUUUUUUGGUCAGCGACGACAAAUUUCCCACCUGUUAUUGCAGGCACAUUGAAAUUGGGGGGGGGGGGGUAUUUGCAGGCAUUAUGUAGGCAUUUUUCAUAGGUGAUUUACACAGUACAACUCAUGCAAGUAUUUACGAAAUCUUGCAGUUAUAUAAGAGCUUUAUAUAAUUAGAUCAUCAUGGAUUAGGGAUACAUUGGCGCAGGCAGAAUUUUUUUUUUGGGGGGGGGGUAUUAAUAAUUAGUGAGUCACAAUUGUAGCGGAUUCGGGGGAAUUAUACUAGAAAAAAAUUGAGCAAGCAUCUCUGAAACGGCAUUUUCUGCAUUGUGGAAGUACUUGGAGAAAACUUUAAACAUAUCUCAAUCCCGAAAAUGAGGCCCUAUAGCCCAAAGCGUCUUCUUCAUAACAUGGUUAUGAACGUUUUAAGUCUUUAUUUUAAGGCAAAACAGCGCUUCAUUAUAACAUUAUCCGCGCUUUAACUGACAACACGAAGUAGUCCAAUAAUAUUAUGUACCCUUGUCUUUUUCACGAUCUUUGAGACGUGUGGCUUAAAUAUUGUUUUAAGGUCGAGGACCAAGUAUAAUUGUUGCAAUAUUGAUGGAUACGUGUAUGAAAAGGAUCUUAAUGGAAUGAGAACAUGCAUAAGAAGUGUGGGCGUCGUUAUAUUUCCCAGUAGUACGCUAUCAAAUGGUAAGUUAGUAGGGAUAAUAUACAUGAUGUACUUUUUGGGUAGAAUGAAUAAUUAUGUAAAAGCUGCAAAUCCUUAAGGGUGGAGCGCAUAAUGGACAAUCAAAACUUAAAAUAAUAGGUAUAUUUUACUGAUAUACUAAAGUCAUAAAGUUCGUAUAUUCGAUAUUUGAUAUAUAUGUAAAUGACACGUAAAUUGUUCUAGAUCUGCUUUACACACAUUGCUCCUAUGACAAGCUGUUGUUAUCUAAACGUAAGCGAAUUUGUUCGCAUGAUCAAUAAAAAAGUAGGAACUGAUCCAACUUUUUCAUCUAGUGGAAAAUAGGCUUAAUCCACUACCAUAAAUAUUUGGGAAAAUUAGUGCUCGCUCCACACCAUGCACUUCACCGAAUCUGUGUUUAUUGGUUGAUCCUUGGCUAUUCUCGUGCCAUUCAAUUGGCAUGCACCACGCAUUCCAAAUGUUACAUCCAAGCGCCCCUUUUGCCUUAGUUUUUAUAUCGGGGGCAAGGGGAACAAAAAUGCCCAAUAAAACCCCCCAAAGAUUUACCUUAACAAGGAAUAUAUCAAUUACUCCACUACAAAAAUCUCCCCCCCCCCUGCCCUCUUGUCCUCUGGUCGUUCCGGGGCAAAUGGUGUUUCUGUUUCUUCUAGGAAGGUAUCUCAAAAAGACAACCAUAUUUCUCGGAAAUUAUUUGAUCUUACACAAUGGAUCUUUGUACGUAACAGAUAAACCACCUGCGCGAUGCACCACGCUUCCAUAAAGAGUAAGUAAUGAGUAUUUGUAUCGAGAGAGCACCAAGGGGUGUACCACUCCAAAAAUGUCUACCGCCACGAAAAUCUCGCUAUAUUUUUUUAAAUAAAUAUAAUGUCGACCAGAUACUCAGGUUCUUUAGUUCUACUUGUUCUAUAAGACUUGGAGGUUGUAUAACGAACUAACGAGCAGCUCUCGCAAGACCUGGUCACCUGCACUUAAAUUUCGAGUGCCAAAGUGUUGAAAUCUGAGUGCAAAAGUGUCAAAACAAAGUCUGUCAAGAUAUGAUGGUCAGGAAGCUCGGAAAGGCGACCUUUGUUUGAUGUCAGUGAAUUAUGUCUCACUGUGCACAAAUUGGUCAAAUCCUUUGUGUCAACUUCAUUAAAUAUUAUUCAUCGUGGUUGCACGUUUCAUCUCAGCUAUCUCUAUUGCACGGUUACUUAAUUAUAAGAAAAUACAAUGAGCUCAAUCACCGUGACCGUGCACAAAUUAAUAUAAACUCAGACAAAAACAUAGUACAAUGACUUCUGUUUAGUUUCCUCCAUACCAUCAUAUGCUAACAGACUUUGGUCAAAGUGCCAAAGAAUAACAUGUCAUACUGCCACAAAACUCUCUUCUCCCACAAAACCUUAUAUCGAUGCACUUCAGUUGCAUGCAAUAUUACUGUAGCAGUGCAGCAGAGGAAAAUCGGUGGCGUAACGCUCAUAAUUGAGGUGUGGUUAACCUGAGAUCAGAACUACAUAUUCCCAAUAGUAGUGGGGAGCUUGCGCCACUACAACGCCCCUGCUAUUAAAAUUGGUGACAAAUGCACUCAGUUGUCUUCAUCCGCAAAGCAUGUGCCAGUUAAAGUCCCUAAACAGUUAGUGCAGCAAGUUGCUGGAGAAGUGAUUGCGCUGGAGAAGUGAUCGUUUCCAUAUUGGUUCUUAUUUCAUUAUCAAUGAUAAAUUGUCGAAUUCUUGGACUUCCAAUCUGAAUCACUGUACACCUAUAUGUACCGCGGCUGUUCCCCCCAAAACUGGACACUGUUUGUUUUCAUGUAACGUAAAAGCUAUAACAGCUAUCGCAAUUAAGUAAAGAUCAUUGCAUUCAGAAAAGACUAACUUAGAUUUUGAUAGAAUAUAAUGAUAAUUUGUAUUUAAAUUCAAUAGUGAGUGAGAUAUACAACAAAAAGAAAAAUAUUUAUUAUCCUAACAAGUAUAACUACAUCGGUAAUUAUAUAAGGUUGUUUUAUGCUAAUUUUGGCAUUUUCAAAAACAGUACUCAGUAGUUCAAAGUUCAAACAUCAAUAGCGCAGUCAAUAUUACAUGCAUGUAAAUUCAAGUGCUAUAUAUCAAAAUCUAAGUUAAUCCAUACUGAAUGCAAUGGUCUUAUUUCAUUGCGAUAGCUUUUAUAGCUAUUACGUUACAUGAAAGUAAACAGUAUCCAGGUUUUUUGGGACACCCAGUAAUAUAUAAAAAUUAAAUUUAGACAUUAGAAAUGUAUAGAAAUGCAAAAAUAAUUAUUAAUUAUUUUUAUUGUUUGUAGAAAUGGAACCAGUUGUCUUCGUGUGUUACUGCUUAAUUAAAGCCACUGUAUUAACAGGCAACAAGCCAUAUAUAGAGGUUAUCAUGUAAACAGUAAUUUUUUUGUAAUUAACCAUUUUUAAACUGCACGGUUUCAUAAUCCACUCAUAUAAUUUCAUGUAUAAGUUUACGGGGGUGAUCCUAGAGGGCAUUCUAAAUGUUACAGAAUGAAAUACCCUGAAUUUAACAUAUUUUAUGAUAAGUUUGUCAAAAUUUUGUCGAUAUUCCCGAUAUUUCUUUCAUUUAGUAUUCUAUUGUAUUUUUGAAGAAAUCGCUCUCGUUAAUUAAGGGAGGGUAAUGGCUUCCACAUCCCGUGCGCUUAUUAAAUGCACUUGAACGUCUAAAAAUGUAAUAGCAUUUUAAUAUUAUUAAUGUAGCUGUCAUUUAGUUCCAAGCUUAAUUUAUAUCUCUAAUGCCAUAAUUGUUAUCGUGUAUAAUGUAACAAUUUAAGUUGUAAUGCAGUAAAGAAUAAGAAUACUUUUUCACCAUCGUUGUUAUC